CCGCCUCCUCUUCCCCACUUCCUGCCCAGCUUUAAACUCGGGAUCUGCGGUGCGGCGCGGACUUUGUAAACACGCCGUGCAGGGGUGGAGACUGGCUGUGUUUGAGCGCCUGGGGGAGGGGUGAACUCCCCUCCCUGGGGCCGGUGGUUGCGACCACCCCCCACUCCCCAAAGACAGAAGCCAGGAGCGGCUGGAGAGAGCGUCUGCGGCCACAGUCGGUGCUCGGGUGCUCCGGAGGGGCUCACCUGCCAAGGAGGAAAAAACAAGAGGAGAUCCUAUUCCUUUGAGGUGGAAGCGACUGGUGAAGUUCCCAGGCAGAUUGGCUAGCCUCCAAGGAACUUCUUUGUCCUGGCCCUGCAUUGAGUUCACCUGCCUCUCAGCAGCCAACCCUUGGCCCUGGAGGUCCAGGGUGACCCAGCUCUGGACAUGGCAUUCCCAGCCAGGGGCAAAGCAGAAGUAUCUUUCAUAAAGGUGUGUGAGGAGCAGCGCUGUGAGGAGGAAGUCUUCCCCCUGGCCAUGAACUACCUGGAUCGCUACCUGUCCUGCGUCCCCACCCGAAAGGCGCAGUUGCAGCUCCUGGGUACAGUCUGCAUGCUGCUGGCCUCCAAGCUGCGGGAGACCACGCCCCUGACCAUCGAAAAACUGUGCAUCUACACUGAUCACGCUGUCUCUCCUCCCCAGUUGCGGGAAUGGGAGGUGCUGGUCCUAGGGAAGCUCAAGUGGGACCUGGCUGCUGUGAUUGCACAUGAUUUCCUGGCCCUGAUUCUGCACCGGCUCUCUCUACCCAGUGACCGACAGGCCUUGGUCAGAAAGCAUGCCCAGACCUUUUUGGCCCUCUGUGCUACAGAUUACACCUUUGCCAUGUACCCACCGUCCAUGAUCGCAACGGGCAGCAUCGGGGCUGCAGUGCAAGGCCUGGGUGCCUGCUCCACAUCUGGGGACGAGCUCACAGAGUUGCUGGCAGGGAUCACAGGCACUGAAGUGGACUGCCUGAGGGCCUGUCAGGAGCAGAUUGAAGCUGCGCUCAGGGAGAGCCUCAGGGAAGCAGCCCAGACCACCCCAAGCCCAGCACCCAAAGCCCCCCGAGGCACCAGCAGCCAAGGGCCCAGCCAGACCAGCACUCCCACAGAUGUCACGGCCAUCCACCUGUAGCCUCGGAGAGGCCCCCUCCAGUGGCCACUAAGCAGAGGAGGGGCCGCUGCCCCCUCUUCCCUGCCUCCAGGAACAUACCACAUCACAUCCGAAGCCUGAAGGGGCUCCUGUUCCCCCUACCCGACAGUGUGCAGUAAGGGGCCUGGCCAGCCAUGUCUGUGUUUGGAUGGCUGGUCAAGCUCCUCCUUCCUGCACCUGACCAGCUCAGCUCCUUCCCUGACUCUAGCUGGGGAUGGGCCAGGCUGGUCAGACACAAUUGAAACAGGUAAAAUAUAUGCACCAGGAUUCCUUUUUGAGGACCCCCUCUCUCUGGGGCUCUCAGGUUCUCAAUUGCCAAAAUACCCCAGUGCCUUCUAAAGGUGUCGCCCCUUCUAGGGUUAUUGUAAUUGGAUUGGGGUCCUUCUGAAGAUGAAAUUUCAGGCACUCUGAUAGACAUGUUAGAGAAGAUAGUAUAGAUGACUAUUCUCAGCACUUUGGAGACCCCUGUACAACCCAUGGUCACAGUUGCUCCUAGAGGGAGGGGCCUAGGCCUCUGUCAGGGCAGAAACCAACAGAUUCCUCCUUGCUGUUCAGUGCUGAAGGAAGAGGUCAUUUUAAUUUAUUAAUUGCUUUGAGUAAGAGGGUAUAGUGGGGCCUGUCUGCCCAACUGGUGGUAACCCUGGUGGUUGCUGUUUCCCUCCCCUGUGCUAUUGACUAGAGGAUCUUCGUGGCCAAGGAGCUGCUACAGCCUGGGGUGGGGUCAUGCCCUCCUCUCCUUUGGCCCCCUGCUCAUUUUCCAGGGGGAAGGAUACAGCAGGGAUGCGCUGGAGGUGACUGAUCCCGUCUGGAGAGGGAGGCAAGCCCUGUUGACACAGGUCUUUCCUAAGGCCACAAGGUUUAGGCUGGUGGCCCAGGACCAUCAUGCUACCUUAAUAAAGAUUCUGGAAUAAAA